CAUUUUGCAAUGAGGCUUAGUUGAAAACUAGCCUACAUUGAGGACGCAGUUCUCAGUUAUUGCUUCUGGUAUUGAUCAUGUUCUUCCCCGAUAAGGCUGUCUUUCCGCUGAAAUCUGGUGUCAAAUUCAGUGUUGUACCCGAAACACUAGACAGCCCCUUUAAAGAACAUUUUCCAGCCUACCACAAAGGAUUAGUUCGUGGUGAACCUGGUGGAUUCGUCCUGCAUCCCAAAUUUGUCAGCAACGCGGACAAGAUUUACAAUAUGACAGUCAGAAGUACCGAUGUUUGGAUUCGCACUUUCCCGAAAUCUGGUAUGACUUGGACGUCAGAAUUGGUUUGGCUCCUUGUGAAUGAUUGCAAUUUGAAGGAAGCUGCGCAAGUGCCUCUAAGUGUUCGUUCCCCUACCGUCGAUACCAAUUAUUUUACGAACUGGGACGAUCUGGCCCCUUCGGAGAUAAGGGAUGCACGUGAAUGUCAAUCCAUCGAAAAGAUGGAACAGCUACCAUCCCCCAGAAUUCUAAAAUCUCAUUUGCCUUUUCACUUGUUGCCUCCGCGAUUACUCAACACUGCCAAAGUCGUAUACGUUAUCCGCAAUCCUAAAGACGCCAUCGUUUCCUACUUUCACUUUCACAAGUUGGUGAAAUUAUGUUACUUUGCCGGAGAAAUGGAUCAAUUUGUUGACUAUUUUAUCGAUAACAAAGUGGCAUGGACUCCAUAUUUCUCCCCUACUCUUGAUGCUUGGGGGAAACGUAGUCACCCUAAUCUACUAAUUUUAUUCUACGAAGACUUGAUCAAGGAUCUACGUGGCCAAAUAGAAAAAAUGGCAGCUUUCCUCAAUAGAACGGUGUCUCAAGAACAAAUAGAAAAACUGGUGUAUCACGUUCGUGUGCAAAGGGAUCUGCCCAACAUUUCCAUUAAGCCCAGCGUGACCAAUAAUGAUUGCUUAUUCAUUCGCCAAGGAGAAGCGAACGACUGGAAGAAGUACUUUAGUCAAGAAGCAAAUCUGAAAAUUGACGAGUGGAUCAGAAAGAAUUUGGAGGCGAGCGAUUUGAAUUUUGCCACUGUUCUCCAGGAUUGACGUGGAUUUAAAGUAACUUUUUAUCUAUGCCUCGUUGAAUUUUCGACAAGCAACUGUUUAGCAAUGGAUUACUGUUCACG